GAAAUAACCAUUGAGAUGUAUAAAAGUUGAUCAAUUUUACUAUAAAAGCAAUGUUCUUGAGAUUCGAAAUAGUUAGAAUGAGUUGAUCCGGUUUUAAAUCAAAGAUUAAAACGUUGAUUUCUCAUUAACCAUUGAUGGGAGUGGCGUUCACCUGUUUUACCUGAGGCUUCAAGUAUAUAAGGCACCUUCUACCAUCACUCCGCUUAGUCAUUUGGAAUCGUUCGUGAAACAGCGCUUUGCUUCAACGUAAAUACCAACCGUGAGUGUGCAUUAUGUUGUGAUAAAAAAUCAUUGGGUUUUUUUUAUGAUGUUAUAUUUUAUAUUUCUUUUUCUAAACAGCACAUGAUGAGAUUUCACAAGAUAGCGACGAUCCUUCUCGUUGUAAUAACUAUCGCAUCUGCAUACCCGCAAAAAGAUGGUCAAAUCUUCAGUAAUGAAGCGAUUAGGCAAGCUCAAAACACUUAUCUCAUUCCUAAGGAUGCGACGAUACAAAAGGUUCAAGAAGGGAUAGAAUUGGCUGCAUACGAAUCGAUUCCUGGAGAUCAAAGGAUAAAUCUUUUUGAAAUACUUGGAGAGCACGUACCACCAGAAGUUGUUAACAAUCUGCAAACUCAAAUUGAUCAAAUAGGACGAAAUUAAAAUUUAUUGUUCAACAUUAAUGUACUGUCGAUUUUCCAUUGUCUUCCUGUACAAAAUUACUUCUAAGUACUUAUAAAAGUAUUUAUAAAUGAGCGAUAAAUCACUCUCUCGUGAAUUAUAAUAUAUUCAGCUUUUACAUUUUUAUAAAUAAACGCAAGAAAAUAA